AGCCCGAAGCCAAAGCACCAAGUCUGCAGGGGGGCGGGGGGAGGCUGCCACCGCCGCUGCUGCUCCUGCUGCGUGGGGCUGGGGCUGCGCGGAGCCCUCUCCCUUGGCUGCUGCCUACUCCCGUUUGCCAUUGUGCGUGCCCAAUCGCCGUACACGCCCUGCAUUUAACUUGGAUGACAUUUUGAUUUCAUCAUUAGCAUCCGGCGCCAGAUUGACGCAGCAGCAGCCGCCGCCGCCGCAGCAGCAGCCGGGCUCUGGUCCUGCUCCCCGCAUCAGCCCUCGAUCCCGGGCUCUGUGGGUCUGAGUGUCCCGCGGCUGAGCAGCCCCCUCCCCGCCCCCCCCCCCAGCCUCCCGCCCCAUGCGCGGAGGCGCUGCCUCCUGUCCUCGCCCAGCCGCCCGCCCCACCCCCGCCCGGAUUGGGCGCCCAGCGCCUGGGCGGCUGCCGCUGCCGCUCGAGUGUCGUUAGCGGGUGGUUUAUGGUCUGAGCCGCCGCUGCCCUGCCAGGGACCGGGAGGAGGAUGCCUGAGACGGGACAGGAGACCCCCAGCAGCCAGCCGCCGCCGCCCAAGGAGUCGCCUUUUUCCAUCAAGAGCCUGCUCAACGGGGACCACCACAAGGCGCCUCCCAAGCAGCCCCGAGCGCUCUUCGCUCCGGCCGCCAAGGGGGCUCUGGAUGGAGCCGGCUUCUCCCUCUCCCAGGUGGGCGACCUCACCUUCCCCCGCUUUGAGAUCCCGGCUCAGAGGUUUGCCCUGCAAGCGCACUACCUAGAGCGGUCCCCAGCCUCCUGGUGGUACCCGUACACCUUGACCGCCGCGGGAGGCCACCUGCCCAGGCCCGAAGCUGCAGAGAAAUCUCUCCUGCGAGACUCCUCCCCGGCCUCGGGCACGGACAGAGACUCCCCGGAGCCCCUGCUCAAGGCUGACCCGGACCACAAGGAGCUUGACUCGAAAAGCCCCGAGGAGAUCAUUCUGGAGGAGAGUGACUCGGAGGAGGUGAAGAAGGAGGAGAACGGGGAGGACUGGAAAGCCAGGGAAGACAGCCCGGAGAAGAAGCCCUGCCGAAAGAAGAAGACCCGCACUGUCUUCUCCCGGAGCCAGGUGUUCCAGCUGGAGUCCACCUUUGACAUGAAGAGGUACCUGAGCAGCUCGGAGCGGGCCGGGUUGGCAGCAUCUCUGCACCUGACAGAGACCCAGGUCAAGAUCUGGUUUCAGAACAGAAGAAACAAGUGGAAAAGGCAGCUGGCCGCAGAGCUGGAGGCUGCCAAUCUCAGCCACGCUGCAGCCCAGAGAAUAGUGCGGGUGCCUAUCCUCUACCAUGAGAACUCCACCGCCGAGAACGGCACCUCGGCUGCCAACGUGCCCGUCAGCCAGCCCCUCUUAACAUUCCCUCACCCCGUCUACUACUCCCACCCGGUAGUCACAUCAGUACCGCUCCUGCGACCCGUCUGAGAACUGACCCCAUUCAGCUUUCUGGUGCCGCAGUGGGGAGGGGGUGGCUUUAAAAAAUCACCAAACCUCUAGGUCAGGAGAGAGGCCCGAGGAAACGGAGCAGCUGUAAAUGAUCAGUAAUUUUUGUAAGUACUCAAAUGAUUUGUGCACUUCAUCAAGCGAAUAUUUGAUGCUCUUUUUUUAAUGGGUGGUUGUUAGGAAGUUUGGGGGGGGGGGGGGGGAGGGCGGGGGAAAGACCCUAAAAAUAAAACCAGAGUUGAAGUGGAAACUUGUAGAGAACACUAGAAUUGUUACAUCUUUUGUAAACGUGAACAAAAUAUUGCGCUGAUCUCUGUGGCUUUAGUUUUAUUUUUGUAAACAACAAUAAAUAAAUGAUCACGGUUUACUCCUCCAUAUUUGCCAAAUGCUAACGGAAAAUGGAAUUUCUUUUCCUUUCAUGCCUUCCCUUCUUUCUCAAACUUGUUAAUCCUCGUGGUUCUGUUACAACUCAAAGACUCCACCAACCGUGGCUUUUAAUUUAACCAGACCUUUGUACAAAUUUGCCUGGUCACUUUUCCAUGUUUUGUAUCGUUAGGUUUCUGUGAUGGGACUUUACAACUCGAAAGAAACACAGCCAAAAAGGAAAUGCUUAAUUAUAUACUCACUUUGGGUGAUCCUUAUUUAUUACCAUUUGUUUAGAUUUAAAAACAAUUGAUUGUGGAUUAUUAUUGUCCUUGGGGGUCUUUUUUCUUUCAUUCAAAUGGUAUUGCAGCAUUAAAAAAAUCUGUACCCUUUUGUUUUCUUUUGUAAAACAAAUACAAACAAAAACUAUUGUACUUUUGAACUGUGCAAUAUUGUACGACAAUUCUUGAAGCACUGCUUUUAUUUUAAUGGUGAGAAAAGGGGUUUUUUCAUUGUAUAAUUGCGUUCCUUUAUGUAGUUAAAAAGAAGGAAGGAAAGUGAAAAGAGAGGGAUAGGAGGGGGAAUAAACACUAGUCCUGAUUAAAUGAAUAAAAGAGGUUCAGUGUGCUGAGCGCUUUAAGUGAAGGACAAUCAAUCUUUGAAAAAUGUUAACUUAUUUGCUAUUAUGUACAGUUUUCUUGUAGAGUCCAUGGGGUGUGUGGAUUUUAAUAGACUGAAAUCGAGUGCUGUGUGGACACCUCCAUUCUCUCUGUCUUUCCUGCUGUCUGCUCACCUGUUGUAGGACAAUUGUUUACUAUCAUCCCAAGGUGGUUUUUUGUUUGUUUGUUUUUGUUGACUCUCUAGUUCUGCCAGGAAUCGGUCCUCUUUUUAAAACAACCAAUACUGUUAUAACUGAAUGUUGUGGUGGAAAAAUAAAUAAAACCCGUUCCUUAUCAUUUUUAAGUGUGGCUUUGGAAAAUGAGACAGAACAGGUGUCUUUCCAACCUUCCCCAUUUCCUCCUAUUGUUAGACACACACACACACACUC